GGGGAUCGUCAGGACCUCCACCUGUUACAUUCGAAAGGAAGAAGCGGAAGGAAGAACAUGUCCCAGGAACAGGAAACACCGACGGAGGCGAUGGCCGAUGGCGAGAAGGAGAUGAGGGCCGUCGUCCUCACCGCCUUCGGUGGUCUCAAAUUCGUCCGGGUGCAGAAGAAGCCCGAACCGACUCCCGCCCAGGGCGAACUCCUCAUCAGAGUCAAAGCUUGUGGGCUGAAUUUCCAAGAUCUUCUCGCUCGGCAAGGGGCUUUGGAUGCCCCCAUGAAGACUCCUUUCAUAAUGGGUUUCGAAUGUGCUGGGGAAGUCGAGCAAGUUGGAGAAGGAUGCGAAAAGUUUAAGGUCGGAGACAGAGUUGUCGCACUGCCAGAAUACAAAGGUUGGGCUGAAGUUGUUGCAGUUCCAGAACAGUACGUUUUCGCCAUCCCAUCCAACAUGAAUUUUCAAGAUGCUGCGGCAAUAGCCAUGAACUACUUAGUGGCAUAUGUCCUCUUGUUCGAAAUUGGUGGCCUUUCACCAGGAAAAUCUGUACUCCUUCACUCAGCUGGGGGCGGCGUGGGGCAUGCAGUAGUACAGUUAUGCCGUACAUUAGAAGAUGUAAAAGUGCUUGGAAUAGCAUCAAAACAUAAGCACGAAUCACUUGCUUCUAGUGUUGACCAUUUGCUAGAGCGCGGGUCAGACUAUACUAAUGAAAUCCGCAAGUUAUAUCCCGAUGGCAUUGAUUUAGUCUUGGAUUGCCUUUGUGGAGAAGAUUGCAACAAAGGUUAUUCCCUCCUAAAGGCAAUGGGAAAAUACAUUUUAUAUGGAUCAGCUAAUGUCGUCACUGGUGAAACCAAAAGCAUUUUUAGCACUGCUCGCUAUUGGUGGCAAGUGGACAAGUUCUCACCAAUUAAGCUUUUUGAUGAAAACAAAACUUUAUCAGGAUUUAAUCUGAGGCAUUUGAUGUUCCAACAUAAUGGAGUCGACUAUGUUCAUAAAGUAUUUGACAAGGUGAUGAAAUUGUGGGCCGAUGGGAAAAUCAAACCUGUCAUAGAUUCUGUCUGGGCUCUUGAGGAUAUACCAGAAGCGAUGCAAAAAAUGCACGAUCGAAAGAAUAUCGGUAAGAUUGUCAUCGAUCCGUCAUUAGAGCCAAAACCAAAACAAACCACUCCAGCUAAAGGGAAAGGAAAAGGAAACGACAAAGAGGAAAAGAAAAAGGAAGAAGAUGCUAGUGAAGACAAAAGCACACCUGAAGCAGAUAAGGAAAAGGAAUCAGCAAGUUGAACUAGCAUAAGUAACCAUAUCUCUAUAUUUAUAAAUAAAAACAAUUAAAUGACUACAUAAUAUUCCAAUUAACCUAUUAAACGGUAUAACAUUAAUGUUUAUCCCUUAAAAUAUUGUCGUAGCUUAAAUUGAUGUGGUACCAAUACUAAAGAUAACCUAAUUUUGUCGCAAAAAAAAUUAUAAAAUCAUAUUUAAAAAAAUAUAUACUAUGUGAAGCUUGAAUGUUUAGAAGAUUAUAUCUUACCUUAAAUAUAGUUUCCCAAAAUAUGAAAUUAGAGUAAAAUGUAUAUCACUAAAUGUAUAUCAAAGGGAAACAAAAUUAAAUUGCUGGAUGUGGAACACAUUUAAUGUUAUAUUAAAAAAAAAGUCAGAACGCUAAAUUAAAAAAUGUUUAAUGUUUGA